UGUUGGUUUUUCCGAAUUAAGAGAAAAACUAACAAAAUGUAAAAACUAAAAGAGAAUAAGGUGUGUUAAAAAAAGAUAGAUCUAAAUAGAUGCAUGAUAGGAAGAGUACAGCAAUUAAUAUCAUCAGUCUUCAGUUACCAGUAAUAUCUGGAACAAAUGAAUACGGAAAGCAGUUUUCCCAUAUAUUCUAAAAAUAACAAAAGGUAUUUUUUCUUCUUUAUUAUUACCAUUCUUCCAUAAAAUAGUUUUGUGGACUUCACAAUCAGGCAUCCUUUGUGUUAAAAAUGAUGAAAAGGGAUUCAUAAAUGUUUUUCUUAUGUAAAAUGUAUAAGAGCAUCACUGCCCAAUGGCUGACAAAUUAUUAAUACAAUAUGUAUGUCAGGUGAAUCUUCUGUAAAUGAGUUCAGUCCAAUCAGCUUUCUAGAGAGGACGGGGAAAAGAAAAUCCUCCAGAGAUCUGGACUGGAAUGAGGUGAGAAAGAGGAGGAGACAGAUUAUAAAACGAGAAGAAGAAGCGAAAAAUAUUAACCGUUUUUAUUCAACUAAACGUCAUUCAGCAAUGAAGCACAUCCUGCUGGCUGUUCUUUGGUCCAGCCUCAGCCUCCGACUGGUUCUGCACAGCAGAGCCGAGGAAGGUCUGGAGUUCCCCAACUUUGACGGCAAGGACCGGGUUCUGGACAUUAAUGAGCGCAACUACAAGAAGGCCCUGAAGAGGUACGACCUGCUGUGCCUGUUCUUCCACGAGCCGGUGCCCAACAACAAGGGCCUGCAGAAGCGCUUCCAGAUGACGGAGCUGGUGCUGGAGCUCACAGCUCAAGUCCUGGAGAAUAAAGACAUUGGUUUUGGAAUGGUGGACUCCCAGAAAGACGCCAAAGUAGCAAACAAACUAGGUCUGCAGGAGGUCGGAAGUGUUUAUGUGUUUAAGGAGGACCGCGUCAUUGAGUUCGACGGGGAGCUUUCAGCCGACACUUUAGUGGAAUUUCUAUUGGAUGUUCUGGAGGAUCCGGUGGAGAUCAUCAACAAUGCCAUGGAGCUGCGGGCCUUCGAGAGGAUGGAGGAGGACAUCCGCCUCAUCGGCUACUUCAGAGGAGAGGACUCACACUACAAAGCUUUCCAGGAAGCUUCAGAGAGAUUUCAACCUUACAUCAAGUUCUUUGCAACAUUCGAUAAAUCUGUUGCCAAACAUCUCUCCCUAAAGAUGAAUGAAGUGAAUUUCUACGAGCCGUUCAUGGAGGAGCCGGCCAUCUUGCCUGGGAGACCUCUAUCUGAGCUGGACAUCGUUGAGUUUGUCAACCAACACAGGAGGGCUACACUGAGGAAGCUGCGGGCAGAGAAUAUGUUUGAGAUUUGGGAGGAUGAUAUGGAUGGGAUACAUAUUGUUGCCUUCGCUGAGGAGGAAGAUCCAGAUGGCUUCGAGUUCCUGGAGAUCCUGAAAGACGUGGCGAGAGACAACACCAACAACCCGGAGCUGAGUAUCAUCUGGAUCGAUCCCGAUGACUUCCCUCUGCUGACCACUUACUGGGAAAAGACCUUCAAGUUGGAUCUGUUCAGGCCCCAGAUUGGUGUAGUCAACGUCACCGACGCGGACAGUGUUUGGUUGGACAUGUCCAACGACGAGGACCUGCCCACGGCGGAGGAGCUGGAGGACUGGAUCGAGGACGUCCUGUCCGGCAGGGUGAACACCGAAGACGACGACGAAUUCGCCGAUGAGCGGGAAGACGAGUUCUACGUCUCAGAAGACGGCGACGGAAAUCCGGAGGACGAGAACGACGGAGACGAUGGAGACUAUUAGCCUGCAAGAGUUACAGUUUGGGUCCAAUCGUUAAAGAAACAUUUAAGUUAGUGGCUUUAUUAAAUAUGUAGAUGGUAGAUGCCUGAAGCUGUAGUUCUUCUUCUUCUGAUUAAUUCCUCUUUGCAACUUAAAGGACAAAAAUGGUGCAACAAAUGAAAACGAGUUUUAGAAGAAUAAAAGAAAUGACGAUAUGUACCGAACCUGUGUAUUUUUAUCUCUAACCAAUAAAUGUAAUUCUUAAAUGAUUGACAUUUAAUGAAUUUAUACCACCUAACAGAAACACUUAAAAUUGAGACCCAUUUAGUCUGAUUCCCCUAAGUAAAAACCAAAACGCACAAUCUGUUUCAAAAGUCAUCUUAAAUCUUAAAUGGAAAUGACCAAAAUAAAAGAGAAAAUCUUCUAUUUUCUUGAUGUGCUGACCGUUCAGUUAGCUUUAAAACCACAAAUGAACGUUUAGUUAACUCUCACAACACUCCUGAGUUAUCUAUUAGCAAUAAAACUCAGGUCAACAACUUCUGAUUUAUUUCUGUUAAAAAAGAUUUAGAUCAAUUAAGAACCUGUGAUAAGAUUAUGCUGAAAAAAUUAAGAAACAAUUUGUUUUAUCCAAUGUUAGCUAACAACGGCUGGAUUUAAGUGCAUGCCACACUUUUCAGAUUUUCCCCUCCCUGUACUUUACACUGUAUUUGUCAAACACAUAAAAUAAUUUCUGAAGG